AUGAUCAGUAACAUACGCAACCUUUCUUCGUUUAUUACAGCUUCCACCACAGAAACAGGCCCUUUGGAACGGAAAUAUAAAACGAAGGAUCAAAUUCAAACUGCCUCUCUGCUUGAAACCAUUUCACCAUCAUAUCAAUUAGUCCAAGAUCAACCAGGUGAUCAACGAUUGCCUAUUGUGCCGCCUCAGCUGUUUGAAGAGCAUACUCUGGGUCCAAACAUUCAUCCCAACCUGAAAGUUCCAUUUGACUUGUGUUUGCAUUCUAUUCAUAGACUCAAUGAGAGGGAGCCAAACCAUGCUCAAUACUUUUUUCAUGCUUUGAAUUCCCUAAGAUGGAACACUUCGUUUGACUUGUUGCAGUCACUAAUCAAAUUGAACGAAAUGGAACAACACGGAGUCUCUUUCAUGUCCCCUGUUGCUAUGAUUCGUUCUGAGGAUAUGGAAGCUCUUCAAUCCGCAUUGAGAAGACUGAAACAAGACUUGGAAAACCUAAUUCAAAUCAUGUCGGCACAAAACAUAGUUCAGCCUCAACAUAUUGGUGUCAAAGAUUAUCCAAACCGAGUUUUGAACUCGCCUUACUACUAUGGAAAUAAGUUUUUCUACUGA